CCCCUCCCACUCCGCUGACGCGACGCCCGCUUCGGCCCCGUUGGUUUCCUUUCGCCCAGUGACCACGCGGCCGUGCGGAGCGAGACGAGACCACAGACCAGUGGCCAGCACCCGCGCGCCUACCCUCCCAGAUCCCGCCGCGCGAGGUCGAACCCCGAGGAGUAAUCAUGGAGGAGCCCACGGAGACCAGGCCCGCGGACCUCGCCAACGGCGCGCGGGAGCCGGAGGUGGAGACGGCGGCUGCGCCGGAGGUGGUGGCGGAGGAGGAGGAAGAGGAGCCGCCGCGAUCGGCGACGGCGAAGCAGGAGGAGGCGAGGGCGGCGAUGGGGGCGGAGGGGUCCCGCCCGUUCACCAUGCGGGAGCUCCUCGGCGAGCUCAAGGAGGACGGCGAGGCGGCCGGGGGCAGUGGCGGCGUGAGAUCUGGGUUUGGGGAGGGGAGCGGGGUCGGAUCCGCCGACGCCGAGGGCUCUUCGUACAGCCAAGAUAGCAUGCAGCAGUUCUCAUCCCACCAUGAUGUAGCGAUGGACUUGAUAAAUAGUGUAACUGGAGUUGAUGAGGAAGGCCGUUCUCGCCAAAGGAUUCUUUCUUUUGCUGCCAAAAGGUAUGUAAAUGCAAUUGAAAGAAAUCCUGAUGAUCCUGAUGCAUAUUAUAAUUGGGCUCUAGUCCUCCAGGAGAGUGCAGACAAUGUGGAUCCCAAUUCUAGUUCCUCCAAAGAUGCAUUGCUUGAGGAGGCCUGCAAAAAGUAUGCUGAAGCUACCCGACUUUGCCCAACUCUUUAUGAUGCAUAUUAUAACUGGGCUAUUGCUAUUGCUGAUCGAGCUAAAAUGCGAGGUCGUACAAAAGAAGCCGAAGAACUGUGGAAGCAGGCAAUACUGAACUAUGAGAACGCUGUCCAUCUUAAUUGGAAUAGCCCACAGGCUCUCAACAACUGGGGUCUUGGGCUACAGGAGCUUAGUGCAAUUGUUUCUGCUCGGGAUAAACAAACCAUCAUAAAAACAGCGAUAAGUAAGUUUCGUGCCGCAAUUCAGCUGCAGUUUGAUUUCCAUCGGGCAAUAUACAACCUCGGAACUGUCUUGUAUGGUUUAGCAGAGGAUACCAUGAGAUCUGGGAAGCCAGAUGUCUCCCCUAACGAGCUUUACAGUCAGUCUGCUAUCUAUGUUGCAGCUGCUCAUGCAUUGAAGCCAAAUUACUCGGUCUAUCGCAGUGCUUUGCGAUUAGUCCGUUCAAUGUUACCUCUGCCAUAUCUCAAAGUGGGGUAUUUGACUGCUCCUCCAGCAAAUAACGCCAUUGCACCACAUAAAGAUUGGGAGAGGUCGCAAUUUAUUCUGAAUCAUGAGGGACUCCAGCAGGCCGAUGCUUCUGACCAGCCUUCAUCACAAUCCCCUGUGCAUACAGACAGAGGGAGAAAACCUGUCAGAAUAAAUGUUGCAGAUAUCGUUUCAGUGUCAGCGUGCGCUGAUCUAACGCUGCCAAGUGGUGCUGGUCUUUGUAUAGAGACUAUUCAUGGGCCAACAUUCCUGGUUGCUGAUAGCUGGGAGGCUCUUGACGGUUGGCUGGACGCCAUACGCCUUGUCUACACUAUCUUUGCGAGAGGCAAGAGCGAUGUCCUUGCUGGUAUUAUUACUGGUUGAUGGUUUGUUGCGAGCGCGGAGUGUGCAGCUUCCUCCUUCGAUUUGUCAUGUCUCCCAGCGUUGAUUUAUCUCACAGCUUUUCUAGAUUUAGAGUAUAUCGUAUAUGUUGAUUUGUAACUCGUUUCUUUCCAUUGAUAGAUGAUAGGCCCAUUUUCCUUUGUAAAAAUGGCCGUGUCACUAUAUUGUGCCUUCACAGCAGAUGUAUCAAGAUAUGAACUUGCAUUGUACUUCAGUUUGUGACUUUUGCGACUUUGUAACAAUGUAUUAAGGUACGAUGAUCGUGUUACGGCUUA